AUACGUCAUCAGAAUGCGCGCUCUUUCGGAGGUGGCAGAUGCCUCUUCGAAAUAACAGCCAACAGUCGUCUACUUGAGACCUGUUUCUCUUCUAAUACUGCUGAAGAGCAGCUUUUGGGAUGCCAAAGAAAUUCCAGGGCGAGAACUCCAAGGCGGCCACAGCCAAAGCCCGCAAGGCCGAGGUGAAGGCAGUGGCAGACGCCUGCAAGAAGAAACAGGAAGAGGAUGCUCUGUGGCAAGAAACAGACAAACAUGUUCUCAAAAAAGGGCAGAGAAAGGAUGACAAGGAGAAGAAGAGGCUCGAGCUUUUGGAGAGGAAAAAGGAAUCCCAACGACUUCUGGAUGAGGAGACUUCUAGCAUAAAAGGCAGAUCCCUGAGGGAGGCUGGACCUGGAGGAAAAGUGACUCGUGCCCAGAUUGAUGAGGUGCUUCAGAAUGAGAUUCAGCAACAGCAGGAGCAGGAGCUCAAGCAAAAAGAAAAGAGCCAUCUGGAGACUCCACUGGAAGAGAACGUGAACCAAAUUAUCCCUGAUGAAGGAACCAUACAAGCCAGAACAAUAGAAGAUGCCAUCGCUGUGCUCAGCACGGGACCUGGGGACUUGGACCACCACCCGGAGCGGAGGAUGAAAGCAGCGUUUGCUGCUUUUGAGGAGGCCAACAUGCCUCGCCUAAAACAGGAGAACCCUAACAUGAGGCUGUCACAGCUGAAGCAACAGUUGAAGAAGGAGUGGAUGAAGUCGCCAGAGAACCCCCUGAACCAACGCUUUUCCACCUACAACUCAAAGUGAAUGCACACUUUACCCCCCCCCCCCCCCCCCAUUUGAAAAAAACUGUCUGCCGAGGCUGUCAUUGAAAAAUCUAAUUUAAUUUAAAAAUGGUUGUUGCUAAUGAGAGUUUCACCCCUUUCUGCCCAGAAAUAAUCACUCCAAAGCCAGAUGGCUUGGUUGUUUCAGUCACUACAGAGGAGAAGCUCAUUCUCCCCUGCCAAGGUCACAAGUGAUCCUCAUCAGCAUCUAAUACAUUUAAUUCCAUUUUUUUUAAAGCACUUCUGGGGAGGUGGGAAGUCAGAUGUUUUGAGAGAAACUUAUUAAAGUUCACCACUCGAUCAUCAACAUCUCUUGUUGCUUUCUACUCCUUCUUUGCUGUUAGGAGGCACAAAUCAAGUCACACACUGAAAUCCAAAACAAUUUUGAGUUACAGUUUAACUUUUAGAAGACUGUUGCCAUUUUGUGUCCGGGGUAAACAAUGCUCACCAGCUAAAAUCAAGGCUGCCUUUAAAAUAGCUUUAAAAUGGCUGCAAAUCACAUUUUUUUUCUUUCCUUUUCAUAGUUACUUUGACAAGUGACAACACAUUUUCUUCAAAGGAGUUGUUUGUUUAAAUAGCAAAAUAGUUUAUCAUUGAACAUCAAAUCCACUGUUGCCAGUGGAUUAAGAGUCAAAAUGCUGAAUCUCAAGUCUUCCAAAUACGAAUUGUUCAUUGGCUAUUUAGCCAUGUGACUGUCUGACAUAAUAGUCGGCCGAUGCCUCUCGUCACAUCCUCUGAAAUAUGUGCUUAGAUCAGAAUUGGUCAUGUAGUUUCUAGUAAAAUCCUAAUGUGACACUUGAUUCAAUGCUUCAAAUCUGGUCAGAGGCCUGGUAUAUAUUUACUUUUAAGACACUGUCACUUCAUUGCCUUUUUAACUUAGCUACAGUGAAAGGGUGAACUAAUUCAGCCAAGUCUAAAGGCCCACAGAUGCUCUAUGAUAUUUUAUUACUCCAGAAUUUGUUUUUGCAUAAAGCUUCCUCAGGUUUACACGACAAAUGUGUCUCUGUAAAGUGAACAAAAUGAUAGAAACAGUCUUAACCAUCUCCAGACCUCAAAUGUAGCUGUAUUUUUCCUCUCUUAUCUUCUUUGGCAGCCCCUUUUGGCCUUUAGCCAGCAGUGACUUUAGCCAGCAGUGACUUCGAUGAUCCUAUCAGUGUAAAUUGAUGGCGACCUAUGAACAAAGAAGACUUGGGUUAUGAUCCAAACCCUCAGCUGUAUUGGUGCUGUGUUUUAAAGUGUGAUAUCAUGCUUCAGUGUGCAUGAAUGAAAUAAACCUGUUUCCUAAAA